UUUUUGAAAGCCUUGUCUCUUUGCAGGCUCACCUCUGAACUUUGUCUCCUUGGAGCCACCUCACUGAUACAGCUUCGGAUGUGGAUGUGGAUUUGAACCAUGUCGCGGCCCCAGGGACUGCUAUGGCUCCCUUUGUUUUUCACCUCGGUCUGUGUCAUGUUAAACUCCAAUGUCCUCUUUUGGAUAACUGCUCUUGCCAUCAAGUUCACCCUCAUUGACAGCCAAUCGCAGUAUCCAGUUAUUAACACAAAUUAUGGCAAAAUCAGGGGCCUAAGAACACCAUUACCCAGUGAGAUCUUGGGUCCAGUGGAGCAGUACUUAGGGGUCCCCUAUGCCUCACCCCCCACUGGAGAGAGGCGGUUUCAGCCCCCAGAAUCCCCGUCCUCCUGGACUGGCAUCCGAAAUGCUACUCAGUUUGCUGCUGUGUGUCCUCAGCACCUGGAUGAGAGAUUCUUAUUGCAUGACAUGCUGCCCAUCUGGUUUACCCUCAAUUUGGAUACUUUGAUGACUUAUGUUCAAGAUCAAAAUGAAGAUUGCCUUUACUUAAACAUUUACGUGCCCACGGAAGAUGGAACCAUCAUAAAGAGAAACGCAGAUGAUAUAACCAGUAAUGACCGUGGUGAAGAUAAAGAUAUUCAUGAACAGAGUAGUAAGAAGCCAGUUAUGGUCUAUAUCCAUGGGGGAUCUUACAUGGAGGGCACUGGUAACAUGAUUGAUGGCAGCAUUUUGGCCAGCUAUGGGAACGUCAUCGUUAUCACCAUUAACUACCGUCUGGGAAUAUUAGGCUCUGGCCAGCUGCUUUGGCUACUAGUUUUGGAAACAGGAAAUUGUGCUUUUGGUGUUUUAAAAAGGUCUACUCUGACAAAGGGCGGAAGGAGGAAAGCAUGUAUGAGGGCACUGCACAGGCCCUCUUCAAAGGGAGCAGUGUGUGCAAUGCCUGUAGCCAGGCCACAAGGAAGAAAACUUGGGCAUCCUUUGCUGAAGGAAGCAGUGGGCAUUGAGAAAAUUCUGUUUGCUGGAAUUACAAAAUAUUAUGUUGCAUGCAUGAUGGAUUGA